AUGGCAUACAGAAACUACAAUGUUCAGUGCAAUGGAGUCACCAUCGUAACUACUGUAACAAAUUCAUCUUCUUUGAUUGAUUCUGUCCUUAACGAGUUUCGCUCUAAACGUAUUAUCGCUCUUAGGAUCAAAUGUAAUCCAAAUUCAGCGAACAAGAAGGUUGCAACUCUUCAACUAUGUCAUGGUAAUCGCUGCAUUAUCAUUCAGCUACUUCACUUGGAUUCUAUCCCAAAUUCUCUGAUAAACUUACUUUUGGAUAGAUCUAUCAAAUUUGUUGGUAUGAUUAUUACGCAGGAUAUUGCUAAGCUUGAUCGUGACUAUGGUCUUAAAUGUUGGUCCGGACAUGAGUUGGGUUCCCUUAUGUCUAUUCAUGCUAUGAUUACUCAGCAAUUUCCUGGUCGUGCUGCAGGGCGUGAAAUGACUGCACCCUCUGUUGAAGAAUUGAUAAGUAUGUUUACUCAUCACUCUGACUGGAGCACAGACAUCCUCACCAGUGAACAGAUCAAAGCUGCUACAAUUGAUGCUUAUACUUCUUUCUCAUUUGGAAACAUGUUGCUACCUUGA